AUGUCGAAACUUUUCAUCAGAUCUUUGUCGUGGAACACCGACGACACCAGCCUCAGAACCAAGUUCGAGGAGUUUGGUACCGUUGAAGAAGCCGUUGUCGUCAAGGACCGUGAGACUGGCAGGUCCCGUGGGUUUGGCUUCGUCAAGUACACCAACGAAUCGGACGCCAACGCGGCCAUCGAGGCCAUGAACGAUGCCGACUUUGACGGACGUAGAAUCAGCGUCGUCGUCGCCGAAGACCGCCGUGGAGGCGGUGGUGGUGGCGGUGGAGGGUACCAACGUGGUGGUGGUGGUGGUGGUGGAUAUGGAGGCAACCAGGGCGGCUAUGGCGGUAACCAGGGUGGCUACGGCGGUGGUGGUGGCGGAUACGGAGGCAACUACUAA